AUGGAGAACCUGACUCUGGCGGCCAACGCUUCAGGAUGUUUCCCGGUGGAAACGCCGCUCAGGAGGAAGCUCUUCCUCCUCUAGUACCUGACCAUCAUCAUCCUCUCCAUCCCUGCAAAUGCCUUCUCCCUGUAUGUGUCGUGUCAGCACAUCAGGCAGAAGAACGACCUUGGCGUUUACCUCUUCCAUCUGGCGUUGAGCGACCUGACCUUCACCUUUGGCCUCUCGCUGUGGAUGGACUUCCUGUGGAGAGGCGUCUGGACCCACGGAGGCUACGUCUGUUUGGCCUCCAUCUACUCACUCUACACCAACUUCUACACCAGUGAGGCUCUCCUCUGCUGCAUCGCUGUGAACCGCUACCUGGCCGUGGUUCAUCCGCUCAGGUUCGGCUGGAUGAGGAAGGUCAGCACCGCCGCCGGGAUCUCCGUCACCGUCUGGGUUUUGGUGAUGGGCUUCAAUGUGUGCACCAUCACCUGGGCGGACUCCUACUAUGAAAACAACAUGUUCUCUUUGUGCUACGAUAUCUUCCUGCCGCUGUCUAGUGCCAGCAUCGCUCGCUUCGUGCUGGGCUUCGUGGUUCCGGUUCUGAUCGUGUUUUUCUCCAGCCGGAGGACGCGCCUGGCAGUGAAAGCCAACAGAGCCACGAUGGACCAGGAACGGCUGCGGAUCUCAAAGCUGCUGACGGUGGUUCUUCUCUGCCUGUUGGUCUGCUUCGGACCGAUCCAUGUUGCUCUCAUGGUCCGCAUGCUGUUGGACGGCUGCGAGAGUUUUAAAUGGUUCCUCCACAUUUACAAGGUCAGCACUGCUAUAUCGACCAUGAACUGCCUGGCAGACCCUCUGCUCUACUGCUUCAUCACCAGAACAGGGCAGGAAAACAUCCAACAGGCUCUGCUGUUCUUCUUCAGGAAGCAGAAAAGGACAGAAGUCAUGAACUGUAUCACUUAA